AUGGAGGCGAUCAGUAAAGCUGGACAUCAUAUGAGUCUAGCAGCUUUGCAACAACAUGAUCCGUACAUUAACAGAAUCGUCGAUGUUACCGGACAGGUAGCACUAUACACCUUUAACUCGAAAGCAAACGAAUGGGAAAAGACCGACAUUGAGGGUACCUUAUUCGUGUACACCAGGUCUGCCUCCCCCUAUCAUGGCUUCACUAUUAUGAAUCGAUUGAAUAUGAAGAACCUUGUGGAGCCCAUCAACAAGGACCUUGAGUUCCAACUGCAGGACCCAUUUCUACUCUACAGAAACUCCAACUUGGCCAUCUACAGCAUCUGGUUCUACGACAAGAGUGACUGCCAGCGGAUUGCCCAACUCAUGGCCAGGGUGGUGAAGCAGGAGGCCCUCCAGGCCCAGCAGGGCCCCCCAGACGGGAGCGCCCCCAGCAGGACCAAUGGCUUCCUGGACGACAGGCCCAUCGACAUCCUGGAGCUGCUGAGCAAGGCCAAAGAGGAGUACCAGAGAAGCCAGACCAGUGAACCAGACGCUUCCACAAACUCAGAGCCCAGCCAUCUGGAGGCCAUGAAGUCUGCAGGGGACACUGCAGCAGAGCGUGUGGGGGGCCUGUCCCAGCACGAGAAGAGCUCUCACUCUGGGCUGAAGCAGAUCACGGUGGAGGAGCUGUUUGGGAGCUCCGUGCCGAAGGACCUGCCAGCGAUGGGGCUGAACCACAGCCCCGCCCCCACCUUCCCCUUCGAGCCCGCCCUGCUGCCCCGCCUCAACACCGACCCCGUGGGGGACCGGGGCGGCCCGGCCGAACGACUCCACACCCCCGGGCUGGUGCCCCUGCCGGACAUGACGGCCGUCCCCAGCUACGCCCUGCACCCCAGCCCGGUGUUCCACGCGGUCCCUCCCCCCUCUCCGCUCCUCGUGACCCAGCCCGGAGCCGAGCCCCCGGCCCCUGCCUCCCAGGCCCCCCGCUGCCCCCCCAACGGGCCCUCCUAUGGAGCCCAGAACCUUCUGAGCCAGCUCAAACCCGACCCGCUGCCACAGCCCACCGCACUCACCAAGCCCGCCCUCGCUCCCAACUUCCUGCCUGCUCAGCUGGCCACGCCCGAGUCCUUCAAAGAGCCCGUUCCUAAACCGGCACCCUACAGCAGCGUGCCUCCAGCGCCCAUUCAGAUGGUGUCGAUGAAGCCGGGGCCUGCAGUGUCACGGGCGGAGCCCUCAGUGCUGCUCUCUCCCAGCGUGUUCCAGCAUUCCGUCACCAAGACGCCCGAGCUGGAGAGGAAGCCCGCCUCUCCCUCACCCUCCUCCUCCCUGGCAGGAGCAGAGCCAGCCUCCCCUUUCAACAGGCUGCAGCUCCAGGACACGCUCAUCCACCUCAUCAAGAAUGAUUCCAGCUUCCUCAAUGCCAUUCAUGGAGCCUAUCUACAGAGCCUCUCCAAGGGCCUGAACAACAUGAAGCUAUAGCCCGCAGGACUGAGCCACAGAGCCACACGUCUCACAAGCGCACAAACACACUCAUGCUUAUUGAAGGUACCGAGGCGCUCUGUGUGCAGUGUCCAGGUAUACGAGACCAUACAUGCAGCACGUAUAUAAACACGGCACGCCAUGUCUCCCUCUGCCUUUGCCUGGUGAACACUGAGGUUCCCCACCUCCAGCCCCAUUUUACUGUGGAGGAUCAAACAAGCACACAUUACACACAAUUGUGAAUGUAAGUUUCUCAGUAUGUGUGACGUCGUCAUCAGCUUUAAGCAACGUGUACAGUGAGAGCCAAUCAUUUUAGGGAAUUCCUUCCAGAAAAGGCCUCGUCUGAGGAAGACUGGAGUGCAUUUUAUUUGAGUGUAGUCAUGCAAAUGUCUUUAGUGAUAACUCUAGCUCAGGUGGGAGUUGUGCAGUAUAGAGAUACUGCAGUAUAGCGUAGUCGUCGCUGCUUCUCUUACCUCAUUGAAGGAAGCGUGAGUUUUCUGCGUACAGCAUUAAAGUUUUACAUUUCACUCACAUCUCCACAUCGCACUGCUUUGAGGUGAAGGUGCGUUGACAUUUUUAAGGUUUGCUGAUGUGACCAAUCCUUCUCCUCAUUCACUUUGUGUGUGCUAAUGUUACCGCCGUAUCUCAGUGCCCAUUUUAUGUUCUGACGGCCAUUGCUGAUGUGUACUAUUCUUUUGUUUUGGUGCCUCAUUGUAAACCCUGUGUAAGCUUCAUUGGCAAAACUGCUUGUUUACCAGCCUGCCUGGUACGAACAGCAGGGGAUUCAGUGGAGAUGGGCUGUUUAUAUUGAUCAGUGUUAUUAUUAAUUCUGCCUCCGAGUGCCAUUUAACAACCAUGGUUCCAUUCAUUCAUGCUUUCUCAACUAUGUAGGUCACUUUUGGGGAAAGAAGUUGGUUUUUAUGGAAUUCUCGGGAGAAUAAGCAUAUUUUUAUGUACAUACAGGGAAGGGAAAUGGCCCAGAGCUGUAAAUCACUCCUGAAUCCAUUGUCAUAAUGGGAUCAACUCUAAACAAAUAUGGAUCUGUAAUGUUUUUCUUCAACUUUCUUUUGCUCACACUGCAUUUCUUAACUUUGUGUUUUCAGUUUUCAUGGCCAGUGCACAGCCUCCUCCAAAUGCCUACAUGAGCCAUAAUCGAGCAUUGGCUGACCUUUAGAUCAAUUAAUAACUAUGUGAAUAUCACUGCAGCAGCUGUUUAUAGAAAAUAUACGGUGUUCAUGUAUUUCACUGUGCUAGUUAUGUCACUUUCAGCAUUUAACCAUUACUUUACUCCCGGCAUUGUAAAGAGUAUCCUCUCGUCCCUCAGCCCCUGCAGUGCUUUGGUGUCUGACGAUUAGCAUCAUGUCUCAGUGCUUUAGAUUGUAUGUUCUUUCAAGUAUUGGUGAAUGUUUUAUCUGACAUUGAAAGUAAAUGAGCCAUACUACAAUUAAUCAGCUUUGUUCAACGCUGGUGAGAGGAUUUCUUUUUUCUUUUUCUUUUUUUUGCUGCAGUCUUGAUAAUUGUGAAGUAUUAGUCUGAUCUCAUAUUUAUUUAGACUGCCUUGAGAAUAUUUCCCCAUAAGGCCUUCAAUUGAACGGUAUGUGAGCAAUUCAAUUGCUGAAGUUUACUGUUGAGACCAACCAGUUGUUUAGAGACCCUGUUUUGUUCUGUUUUUUGUUUUAACUGCUCCAAAUCCAGGUGACUUCACAGGGUAAAGACUGACUGCAUCGUGAGGUCUUCAAGCACAGCCCAUCACAGGAGUAUCUUUUAAUUAAAGCAUGAGCACAGAUUAGUAGUUUUCUAGUUAUUUGUUUUGAAAAUAUUAAAGAAAUGCAACAUUUUCAGAGCGCUGCCCCAUAACACUGACACUAAAAUGGGAUUAUUUUAAAUGUACACGUCCUUAUUUAAGAUUUUAUGUUGUGGAAACGGCAGGAACAACAGCAUAGUGCAGGGAUCAUCCUCUAGGUCCGAGAACUGCUGGUUUUCCACUCUCUCUUUACCUGGGAGACAGUCUGUAGCACUAAUUGUUCAGCUUAAUUACCUGGGAGAAAAGAAAACCAGGGCCAGAUUUGAAUUUGACAUCUCUCCCCCUGUGUGAGAGUUUAGUUUGAUUGCGCAGUUCAAUGUUUAGCUUGGUUUGACAUAGAAUUCAGAUGUCUGCUGUUAGUCCUUUGUGAUAGAAAUGUGAUUGCAAAGGUGUUUUGCCAGCAGAAAUAGCUUUUUUUAUUUGGCUUCUAUUUAUUUGCUCUUCUUGAAGACAAAUUGCCAGUAAGAUUAAUCAAAAUAUUAAAAUCUCCCAAUUCUUUUUAAAAUGCUUUUUUUUUUUUUCUCACUGGAUUUAUGGCAGAUUGACUGUGGGGAUCAGUCCGCAGCUAGCUGAGCCGCAGGACUUGACUGAUUGAAUGCACAGAACAAAAACCAGCUCAGAGUGUACUGUGGAUGUGAAUGUGACUGAUUUGGGCUUUUUCCUCUCACUACAGCCCUCUUGCUGAACUUACUACCCCCUCUUUUGCAGCCGUCAUCCUUUUGUCCUUUUUUCCAUCACAUGAUUUUGUACAUUACAAGUCUAUUUUUAUAUAUAUUAAAAAAAUACAAUAAAAUAAAGUGGUGCUUGCAGCUC